AUGAUAUCAUGGGUUGUAAAUGAUACCGAAGUACCUGCAUUAUUAGAACUUGAGAAAAAGCUUACUACGAUUGAUGAAAUAUUAAGACAAUAUAAACUUUGUCAAGCUUUGGAGAAACUUAAAAAACAAUA